AUGGAGGAAGAUUCUGUUAGUGGUGGGCAUAGCCAGAAAGAAUGGAGAGAAAGAUUCAUGACUACAGUUAUACAAAGUGAAAACGAGAAAUUAACACAUUUCAAUGUAUUGACAAAAGAUAAAUACCAACAACUUAUAAAUGAAGUCGAAACUGCUGCAAACACAGAUAAGAAGACCCCGUUGCAGCAGAGACGCCUGAAACGAUUUGGUGUAAUUGACAUCGGAGGAGUAAAAAAAUUGGUCGCAGCCGGUGAGAGAAACCAAGACAUCAAGUACUAUUUGACGGUAGAUGAACUGUACGAUGUUAUCGAUGCUGCUCACGGGGCAGUUGGUCACGGUGGCCGUGAUAGAAUGCUUGCCGAAACGUCAAAGAAAUAUGCCAAUAUUACGAAGGAAGAAAUACAGCUUUAUCUGUCAAUGUGCCAAUCUGAUAACGGAAGAGAAUUUGUUAAUAAAGUUAUUUCUGAAGUAACACAGUUGUGGCCAGAGUUGAAAAUUGUGCAUGGUAAACCUCGGCACAGCCAAAGUCAGGGCUCAGUUGAAAGAGCCAAUCAAGACAUCGAAAACAUGCUCGCAUCUUGGAUCGCUGAUAACAAAACAACAAAGUGGUCUGAGGGGUUACGGUAUGUACAAUUCAUGAAGAACAGAGCUUUCCAUUCUGGUAUUAAGCAAUCUCCUUAUAAAGCUAUGUUCGGCAUGGAUCCUAGAGUCGGACUAGAACAAAAACUAGAACAUCCUAGUCCAAACUAG